AAUAAUUCAUGAACCUGAAUUAAUCAUGCAUUUUCAUGAAUUAUUCAUGAAUAACUCAUGGAAAUGCAAGGUUUAUUCAUGCUCCAAAAAACCCAAGGCUUUUUCUCUUCUCUUCUGCUCUCUCUCCCUUGGGGACGGCAGGUGGGAGCUUUCUAAGCUGGACAAAGGAGACCUGACAAGGAACUGUGGUGAAGGGACAAGCCCAAGGCAAAGAAGUGUCUGGUCCCCUCCUCUCCUGGAGCAGGCAGCUGAGAUCUGCAUAGACAGGAGACAUUUUGCAAGACUCAACACCUGGAGCAGUGCUAACCAGGUGAGCAGCCCCGAUGUCGGCCAAGCUCUACGUCCUCAUCAGCUGGCCCGACGGCAGCCGGGUGAUCAACAUCGAGAACAUCAAGGAGCCCCGCAAGCCCUUCCACCUCUACGCGGUGGGUGAGCAGGUGCUGGCCCGCUGCCCCGGCUUCAGCGGGCUCUACUGGGGGAUGGUGGAAGGUAUAAGUGAGCAUAAAGAUAUUUUAGAGAAGAAGCUGCUGGAAGGUAGACAGCUCCUGGAGAAGUUAAAAGAAGAACCAGCUGUCCACACCAUGAUGCCACCCCAGCCAAAAAAAUCCAGGAAAACCUUUCCAAAAUGGACCCCGGGGAAUGCGUCCAGGAAAUACCACGGUGACAGGACUUACCCUGCCAAGCCACUGCUGAGGGUGACUGAGGCCAACCUGCCCCAUGACGCUGGCAGCUCCUCCAUCAACAAGGAGAGACGUGCCCUGGGCAUCGUGGCAGGAAGCCCUCGCUCGCUGGCGGGGCCUCCCCACCCAGCCAGCGCCUUCACACCCCCAUCCACAUUUGUCACCAUGGCCAUGCCGGGGACUUCCCAGGGUGAAGAGGACAGGGCUGGUCCAGCUACUAGAGAUUAUGUUGCCCUGGCAAUGAAGAGGAAGUCAGAUGGCACCUUGUCCCAGUGCCAGCAACACAUCUGUCUGAACAGCUGUGAAGAGCGAAAGCUUGAUGCUUUGCAAGACAUGGAUGACUUUGAAAGAGUUCAGAAAAAUUUUGGUCCUGGUGAAAUGGAAAGGUCCGAGAAGAUAGAGCAGCUGGAGAGGAUGGUGUUGGACCUCCAACAGGAUGUCCUCUCUCUGAAGAAGAAGGUGCAAAGGCUGGAAUCCCUGUCCUUCCAGGAGGACCCCCACCGGCAGCCAUGCGAGGUGGUGGAGCUCUUCAACGGCUACACUAAGGAACAGCUCAAAGAGACCAUCCGCUUUGACCAGAAAAUCAGCACUGCCUGCAAGACACUGCUCUACAAGCUCUUCACAUCCGACUACAUCCAGAGCCACUCCAUCACAGGGCGGAGGGGAAAUACUUUCCGAGAGGCAAAGCCCAUGAUGGAUGAACGCUGCAUCAAAAUCAUUAGGGUGCUGUUGAAACAGAAGUUUGGUGAUCACCUCAGUGACACAGUGAUCACGGAGAAGAUCCAAAAUGUGCAGAAAGCCCUGAGGCAGAAGUUUAAGACGGAAUGUCUCUGAUGCACGGGGGACUUGGUGCCUCUUCCUACCAUGCUCAUCGGUGUACCUGAGCAGCCCUUCCAGAAAAGAUGAGUCCAAUCUGCUGCUGCUCAGCUGAUUCCCCCCCAAGGAGCCAACCCAAGUGAACUGCGCAUUAAACAAAGCAUAAACCUUUUGCUGCCAAACCUCUGCCUGCAUUAAUUGAGCGGGAAGUUUGCCCAGCUUGGCAAGGUUUUUGCACAUCUGCUAGCACUUUACAAGUUCCUUUCCGUCCCAGUCUGUGUGCAAACCUCACUGCAGGGUGCAUGUAAUGAUCUCCGGGCCUUUUUGAUGGACAUGCUCAAGAGCUUGAGGGUUCCUGUUGGGUCCAAGUACGGGUCAGUAAGUCAGCUUUGUUCCACCUUGCAGUGGGUUAGGGAGAAAGGUUGGCUCUGGGGCAGGGAGUCCAUCCACAGAUGGGCUUUGUGUCACCCGACAUGGCUUCUCUCUGCAUGCCUGUGGUUGUCUCCUCCUGCCUGUGGGAUAUUUUUUGCUCUUUUUGCUCCCAGUGAAUGUGUUUUACAAUUUCCUGCAGUAGUAGAAAGGCGGGCCCAUUAAAACGACACGAUAAAACAUUCAGAGAAAGAUAAUUUCAUUUUUUCCUCUGUUUUAACAUAGCUGUACGGAAGAAAUGCCUUCACUAACAAAAGUCUGCUGAACGAGAGAAGUCGUCACCCAUGGAAAUAACUUUGCAUUAAUUUUCCUUUCAAAACCAGAUUAUUUCCAUGGAGAAAUCCUAUACAUUUUUAUGACGUAAGUGUGGAGAUGAAGGGCAAAAUAUGGCCCACUGUAGCUACACCUUUCCUGCAAAGAGCAGACAUAUCAUGAACACAGUUGCUAUAAUUUAUAUAUAGUAUUUAUAUCCUAGUUAAGAAAUUCCAGGUGCAACCAGGAGUUUAGCUGUGUGAGAGGCUAUAGGGAAGGGCUGGAAAGGCAUGUAUUUUCCUAAAUAACUCAGAGCUGGAGUUUAGGUGGGUUAAAAGCAUUUUUAACAUUAAAAGAAUAGGAUGCUGACACCAGUCCACCUAAUAGAAGUGCUGCAAAAUACCAAACAUUCCCUUUUAAAGAGGCUUCUGAGACAAGAAAUUGGUUUUCUAAGUUUAAUUUUCAAAUUAUUUAGGAAAGGAAAUGUCAGUUGUUUUGCAUUAAUCAAAACAUUUGUUUUAAUUUAUAUGUUUUGUUCUGUUUU